AUGAACAUCAGCCUCCGAUCCAGCCAGUCUUCGUACGGUGACCCACGAUACCACUCGACACAGACCGUCUCCGAUGUCCAGGCGCCCCAGGCUCCCAUAACGCCCCUAGGAAAGGACCUUGUAGACGGGUAUCGGGACGCAGUCGGCUCUCAGCAUGAAGACCGGUCGCGAUACAAUCCGCUGAAUCCGGCUCACCCGCGGAGCUCAGCGCUUCUUAACACCAGCAAUCCGGUGACGAUGUACCUCCUAACCGAGACCGCAAUGUGCGACAGUAACAGCUUCGAGAUUCUGUCAUUCGAGGAAGUGGAAAGCCUCAAGAAAGAGCGCUCAUUGUUGUCGACCCGAAUGGAGGGUACAAAGCGCAAACUCGCCCUGGAGACCAAAUUACGCGAUGCCGCCCAAUCCAUCGGUCGGCUCUACAGUCCCCCGAGUCCCAGGAGCAGUGGUGAAUACGGCGCCAACGGAACGAAGUCACACCGCAGGAGCAGGAGCAUCUUUGGGCGCUCUGGCGCUGCCGAAGUUCUCGAUAAGAGCGACUCCGAACUGGCGAUGAGCCAGCGGAAAUGCGAAGAAUUAGCACAAGAGCUGUGGAAGCUGGAGCGCAGGUCCCAACAAAUCAACCAGCGCUUGCUGGAGCACACUGCGGGAGUCUUGCAAAUGACUCAUAAGGGACUGAAGAAGGCGCCCAAGAAUCCCCAGGCUGCGGCGGACGACCUUAAUGACGGCCACGACUUCGACGAGCGCAGCCUUUACCGAACUCCGGAGCACCUGGACAACUAUGGAUUAAGUGGACGAAUAGUGACAGGUGACCCGGCAGCUUCUUCGGAAGUUAUGCAGAAUAUGCAGAAGAGGUUGGAGGACCUCACUGAGCGAAUGUGCGAUAUGAUGGUCCAGGCCACUCCAGAUGAAUUCGUUGAUCCACCGCCGCGGCCGGCGCAGGACAGCUCCGCGACACUUGAGGCAUACUUGGCGUAUUUGGAAAAUGGCCUACAUUCUCUUGCUUCGUGCCCGGCUGUCGCUGUUGCUACAGGUGCUUCCAAUACUCAGAGCGAAGGAGCGUGGAAAGAGCAGAUCACCGAAGUCAAUACCCGGGUUCAGGCCAUCGUCGAUCGUUUCGGUCUUACUCGGUCGCCCACGCUUCCUCCCCUCCAAGGCGAAGGCCUAGAGGAGCAGCUUUCCUACCUCCAGACCGGUAUCGAUGGCCUUGCAAGCCGGGUGGAUGGCUUGCUGGAGCAGAAGAGCAUUUUAACCACGCAAAUUCAGCAGCAGCGAGAGCUCAACUCCAAAUCAGAUGCGGAACGGGAUGCCCAUAUCGGCGACUUGACCGAGCAACUUGCUCAUGCUCGCAAGGACCUUGAGACUUCCGAGCGCGAGGGUAAGGCUGCCCAGGAUGAGCUCGCUGUACUGAUAGAGCAGCUUGAGGCUAUGCGCCACGAUGGCCCUUCACAGGAUGAGGUCAAGGCUUCACUGGUGCAGGCCGAGGGAGAAAUUGCUCGCCUGCAGAGUGUCAUUGAAUCUAUGCACGCUGAGGCCGACACACGUGCCGAGGCAGUGAGAGAAGCCGAUGAUCGUGCGGAUGAGAUGAAAGAAGCUCGCGAACGUGCUGAGCAACGUGUGGCUCAGAUUGAGGAGGCUCGUGAGCUCGCCGAACAAGAACUGGCUCAGCUCCAGGCCAAUGUUCAGCAGAUUCGCAACGAAUCUGAUGUGCGCGUGCAGGAGGCUGUCAGCCAGCGAGCAGAGCUUGAGGCCAGCAUCGAGCAAUUCCGCAGUGAGUCGGACGAGCGUCUACGGGAGGCAAUGAACCAGUGUGCAGAACUCGAGGCCAGCAUCGAGCAAAUUCGGGCCGACUCAGACGCACGUCUGAAGGAGGCAAUGAAUCAGUGUGCGGAGCUCGAGGCUUUCGUGCAUCAAAUCCGCAAUGAAACCGACCCACGCUUGGAGGAGGCAUACAGCCAGCGUGCACAGGCCGAGGAGAAUGCUACUCGUCUGCAGAAGGAGAUGACCGAGCUUGAGGGCGAAGUUGUGCGCAUAACGACUGAACUUACCAUGGUCAAGGCGGAGCUUGAUGGUGCCUACGGUACCCGAGCUCAGCGUGCGGCCGAGGUAGCUGGAAAUCCAGAGAUUCAGAAGGAGAUCGAUGCUCUGAACACCCGGAACAUCGAGCUAACCGAGGAACUUGCUGAGCUCAAGAGCCAGCGAGGCGGUGGUGAUCUUCAGCAGCGCGCUGAUACUCUCGAGAAGGAGCUGCGCGAGACUCUUGACGACUAUGAGGCCAUGACAAAGGCCAGCAUUGAGUUUGAGAAGGAGCGUGAGCGCUUCGAGAGUAUUAUUGACAGUAUGCGCGACCGCUGUGAGCAGCUGGAAACUCAGAUCAGCGAAGACCGAAUCAACUGGAUGAACCUCAACAGCCCGACAUCCAUGGGCCGUGAUCCUUCUUCCGAGACCACAUCUACCAUGGUACUCAAGAACGAGUUCAAAAAGAUGAUGCGCGAUACUCGUAACGAGAACAUGAAGAUCUUGAAGGCGGAACAAGAAGAACGUCGCAGGAUCGAAGGCUUGCUGCGAGCCCUACGAAAGGAGCAUGCCCAAGUGACGGGCAAACCCAUGCCCAGCCCUUUGGGAACUCCCUUAUGA